AUGGCUUUCAACAUAUCCACACUACUUGCUGCUGUUCUUGACGAGACAACCACUGUUCGACAUCAUGAUGAUCAAGCGCCCAUUAAGAAGGAAGAUGGAAGCGAUACGAAACCAGAUCGCCAGGAGUGGGUUCAGUCCGGUAAAAUACAGCACGAUUUGUUCGAAGCUACGUUAUCCCAAUGGAAUAAUCUAACAUCGAAUCACCUAACAAUGUAUGCUAUCGCUCACGACAUCAAGGAUCCUUCUUUGGUUGAGCUCCAGAUGAUGCUUGGUAUGGGAGCCCGUAAACAUGACUACAAGAGAGCGCGUAAGGCUGCAAGCGAUCGUAAGCCACGUCAGGCGUACACCGCUCUUCAAUUGGAGAAGCUGGAAAGGGAAUUUCAGGUAUCAAAUAAAGUGUAUGGGUAG